AUGCGUAUACAAAGGCUCGCGGCCUGCCUGCAUCGACGAGCAGUACGUCGUUUCCAUGUUUCUCGAGUGACCAACCAGCGUCUGGAAUGCUUUGCCGACGUAGACUCGUCGUGGGAAUGGCUCAAGAACCCGACCAAUGCUCGCCUGCAACGGUUUCUAAAAUUAGAACGGACGUAUCUGGCAAACCAGCUGGCAAAGCCAAAGUUCCGCAAAGUGGAACGCAUGUUCAAUUUGGAACUGCGGAACCGUCUGUUACGUGAAAACUAUAGUGUACCCGAGUGUAUUGGAAAGUUUGAGUACUAUAUGCGACAAGCGCCAAGGGACAACUUUCCCGUGUACUACCGCCGCUGUCGCGAUGCCACGAAAACUUCCACAAAAGGAGCAGAGCAAGUGGUGCUCAAUCAGAACGUCGAGCCUUUGCUAAAUUAUGAGUUUCAUAUUUUUGCGGUAUGA